CCUCGCCUCCUCCCGCCCGGCCACACUCGGCCCUGGGCUCGCUGCGAGCUGCCGGCCGAGCCAUGGGCUGCGACGGCCGAGUGUCUGAGCUGCUCCGCCGAAACCUGCAGCCCACGCUCACCUACUGGAGCGUCUUCUUCAGCUUCGGCCUGUGCAUCGCCUUCUUGGGGCCCACGCUGCUGGACCUGCGCUGCCAGACGCACAGCUCGCUGCCCCAGAUCUCCUGGGUCUUCUUCUCGCAGCAGCUCUGCCUCCUGCUGGGCAGCGCCCUCGGGGGUAUCUUCAAGAGGACCCUGGCCCAGUCACUAUGGGCCCUCUUCGCCUCUACCAUGGCCAUCUCCCUGGUAUUUGCUGUCAUCCCGCUCUGCCAUGAUGUGAAGGUAUUGGCCUCAGUCAUAGCACUGGCGGGCCUAGCCAUGGGCUGCAUCGACACCGUAGCCAACAUGCAGCUGGUGAGGAUAUACCACAAGGACUCAGCCGUGUUCCUUCAGGUCCUCCAUUUCUUCGUGGGCUUUGGUGCUCUGUUGAGCCCCCUGAUUGCUGAUCCCUUCCUGUCAGAGGCCAACUGCUUUCCUGCUAAUAGCACAACCAAUGCCACCUCCAGAAGCCACGCAUCCCAGGUUCUGAGCCAACAGCAUGCAGCAGCAGCCCAGCCUUGGUCAAACCAGACGCUCCCCAGGCCACCCCUGAAGCCUUCGACAGAGAACGUGUCCUACGCCUUCUGGAUCAUGGCCCUCAUCAACCUCCCAGUGCCCCUGGCCGUUCUGUUCCUGCUGUCCAAGGAGCGGCUGCUGACCUGCCCCCAGCGGAAGCCACUGCUCCUGUCUGCAGACGAGCUUGCAUUGGAGACCCGGCCUGCUGAGAAGGAAGACACCUCCUCACUGGCCCCCAAGUUUCAGCCACACCCAGGGCAGGAGGACCUGUUCUGCUGCCAGGGAAAGAACUUCCGGGGAGCCCCAUGCUCUUUCUUCGCCAUCCACAUCACAGCCGCUCUGGUCCUGUUCAUGACAGAUGGGAUGAUGGGUGCUUAUUCUGCCUUUGUGUAUAGCUAUGCUGUGGAGAAGCCUCUGUCUGUGGGACACAAGACGGCCGGUUACCUCCCCAGCCUCUUCUGGGGUUUCAUCACCCUGGGCCGGUUCAUCUCCAUCCCCGUCUCCUCAAAAAUGAGGCCAGCCACCAUGGUGUUCAUCAAUGUGGUGGGAGUGGUGGUGACAUUCCUGCUGAUGCUCAUUUUCUCCUACAAUGUCCUCUUCCUGUUUGUGGGGACUGCAAGCCUGGGGCUGUUUCUGAGCAGCACCUUCCCCAGUAUGCUGGCCUACACCGAGGACAUCCUCCAGUACAAAGGUUGUGCGACUACAGUGCUGGUGACUGGGGCAGGUAUUGGCGAGAUGGUCCUACAGAUGCUGGUUGGUUUGGUCUUCCAGGCCCAGGGCAGUUACAGUUUCCUGGUCUGUGGUGUGAUCUUUGGCUGCCUGGCUUUUAUCUUUUACAUCUUGCUCCUGUUUUUCCACAGGAUACACCCUGAACUCUCAUCAGUUCUUACCCAAGACAAACCCCUUGGUGUGGAGAACGCUGAGAGCUACCAGAGGUGAAGACCUCAGCUUCCUGAGCAACAGGGUGACCAAAGUGACACAGGAAGCCAGGGUCGCAGAGGAGGCCUCUCUUGCCACCUUGUGUGUAUCUUCUCCUUUCAGACUUAGCCAAGAAGUUGAGUCCUGGCCCCUGAGUCUUCCUUGGACAAAUCGAGCAGCAUCUGCCUGGCACUUUAGUUAGUCUUCUUCUCUGGUUUGGACCUGUAGCCUAGGACAGCCAGAUAGGAAGACGAAGGAACGCUCACACCUCUCCACUCAUCACCCCGUGCAUGGCCUAAACUCUGGGUUUGAGAUCACUUUUAGUUGAGUUUGGGGGAGGGGGAGAAGCUGAAAUCAUAAAUCAUUAAUCACUGCUAGAUGUAGAUAUGUUUUAAAUUAAUCAAAACCCUCUGGCAUGUAGAAAAGGAUUGUAUGUUCUUCACUUACCCAUGGCCCAAAGUCCCUCUCAUUCCUCCUACAGAAAUUAGUAGUUCAUCUGUGUCCUCAGACAGCCAGAGAAAAAUGCUGAAGCUUGCUUUGAGACCCUAGACCAGUGGUGCCCUGGGCUGAGUCAGACUAGCUUUAGAAAAGCAGACUGUUGAAUUUUUAUUUUGAGACCUAGUUGGGGAGCAGCCAUGACUAAAACUUUUUUUUU